AUGCCCUCCCAAAACGACCUCGCCAAAGCCUUCAAAGCCCUCCACAAACCCGGCGACCCCAUAAUCCUCACCAACGUCUGGGACGCCAUCAGCGCAAAAGCCGUUGCCGCACUCCCAGAAACCAAAGCCCUCGCAACAGCCUCCUACGCCAUCGCCCUCGCAGCCGGCCUAGAAGACCCCGACCUCACGCUGGAAGUAAAUAUCCGCGGCGCAGCGGCCGUAGCGAAAAUCGCAAAGGCAUUUAACAAGCCGCUCACAGUCGACUUCCAAGAUGGGUAUGGCGAUCGGUUGGAAGAGGGCGUGAAGAAGGUGCUGGAGGUGGGGGCGGUGGGGAUUAAUCUUGAGGACUUGAGUCGUGAGAGAGAUGCGCUUUAUGAUGUUGAUGAGGCGGUGGCGAGGGUGAAGACGGUUCUGAGGGUUGCUGCUGAAGCGGGCGUGCCUGAUUUUGUAGUUAACGCUCGCACUGAUGCUUUGCUUGCUGGUCAUCCCGUUGAAGAGGCUAUCAAGCGUGGGAAGGCAUAUCUUGAGGCGGGGGCUACCACGGCGUUUAUCUGGGGUGGGCCGGAGAGGGGUGGCACGACGAGAGUAGAGGUCGAGAAGGAGGCGAAGGAGUUGGGUGGGAGGCUGAAUGUUAGUUUGGUGAGGAUGAGGCCGGGUGGACUGAAUGUGGAGGAGUUGAAGGAAGUUGGGGGUGUGGGAGUUGCAAGGAUUAGUGUUGGGCCGCAGUUGAUGAUGAGGAGUGUGGGUGCGGUGGCGGAGGAGGCGGGGAAGAUACUGAGGGGUGAAGGGCUAUGA